AUUUAGCGAUGACUCUAGAUAUAAUUAGGUGGCUGCAGAGCUCACGCCAAAAUUCCCAGGGUAGCUAGGCUAGCAUAUCGAUCUGCAACUAGCUAUGGCAGGAAUUUUGAUACAGUGGUAUGAUUUUAUUUGUUUCGGGAUAGUAGGCAUCGCCAUGUUUGGCGCCCUUUACGUGCUCUGCUGCUGCAAAAUUAAGCAACAGCGUUACCAAACACUUAUUGACGACCACAACAUUAUUAGUCGUCAUGAGAUCCUUUUGCCCCUGCAAGGCUGCGAUCAGUCGUCGUUGUCGCCAUCAGCAGUGGAAAUUGGGAGUUUUUCAAGUAGUUGUUGGCGUGGGAUUCACCCUGUAUGGCUCUUGGCUACACGUUUUGUAUCUUUAGUUGUUCUCUGCGUAUUUUUAACCUGGGAUGUCCUCCUUUACAACUACUCCAUCUUUGUCUAUUACACCGAGUGGACUUUUACGUUGCUAAUCGUCUAUUUUGCAAUUGGAACCAUCAUAUCUGCAUAUGGAUGUGUACGCUACUACUCAAACAAAUUAGCUCCACGUCCUGGCGACACUGCUGAUCAUGAGAUUGACAACAAGGCAAAGACCAACAAGAGUAUGUUCAAACUGCAAGGCCAAUAUUACAAUGAAGACACAGUACCACAACGAGCAAGCUUUUGGAGUUACGUGCUCCAAAUUUCAUAUCAGGUUUGUCCCUCCAGACCUGAAGCCGGUCUAAUAUUUGAUUGCUUCGUUCUUUGUCGAACCUUGUUUUUCUCAAGCCCUAUCUUUGUGGUAGAAUAUGCAUCUUAACUAGUAGUACUUCAU